CUCGUCCCAAUCUCAAACAACCCUCCUCCAAUUUCUCUAUCAUCCGUGCUGCUGGCAGUACACAUACCUCUUCGCCUCCACCUCCAUUACAACCUCAGUUCCACCUCCAGGAACCGAAAAACACAAAAAUGGCGCAAGGCCCCCUAAAGAAAACCAAGCCGAGCACAGCAAAGCGGCCCACGGCACUAGCACCCAAGCGAGGACCGCGACAGAUAGCGCCCAAGAAGGCGACGCUGAUUAAGCAGCAGAAGAUUACGAAGAAGCUUACGGCUGGGUUGACGGCGAAGACCGAGAGGAGUUUGGCGCAGAGGGCGGGACAUCUUGAGUUGCUUGCUGGGGGGAAGAGGGAUAAGAAGGCCGAGAAAGAGAAGGGGAAGGAGAAGGGGGGAAGAAGAAUUGAAUUGUGGUCGAUCGAUCGAUUUAGAUAGAGAUACUUAGCGAUACGAUUAAUGAAGUAUAGAUACCCUGUUUACCGGUGGUGACUAUGUAGGUAAACAGGCGGAGGAUUAUCAUAAGUAUUCUAUAUAUAUCAAUGAACUUAUG